AGGAUUGAGGAGGAGGAGGAGAGUUUCCCCCUUCACCCCCUCUGGACUCUGGUCGGGACCUCAGAGCAGAGAAGGCUCAGGCAGGAAAAAGGUGAAGAAGAUGAAGACGCUGGUGGUGUUUUUGCUCUGCCUGGUCCUGCUGACCACGUACACAGAUGCCAACCCUAUUAUCAAGGAGAGCUUCGCUAAGCAGCUGCUCCGCAGCAAGAGGCAGGAACAGCCAAUGAAGGCCGGCCACCCUGAUGAGCCAAUGAGGGAGCAUCUGCUCCACAUGCAGGCCCUGGAUCAGAGGGCCCAGGAGACCAACCUGGAGCACUGGCUGAAUCCCCACUGCUACCCUCGCUGUGACAGGAACUACGGACACCCCGUCUGAUGAUGGGCAUGGCAGAGUAACGGACCAGUACUGACAACAUGGACAUGGACACAAUCUCUCUCUCUCUCUCUCUCUCUCUCUCUCUCUCUCUCUCUCUCUCUCCUAAAAUAUGACCAUGUGAAGACUGCUGAUAUAUAAAUGGUCAUGCAUAUAAUCUCACUGUAUUACAGCUGUAUACUCUUAUCAGUAAUUUCUACAUUUAUUUUCUUCAUUGUGUAUCAUCACAGAGUGAAAUGUAUUAAUAGUGAAUACAAUCACAAAUAAAUCGAAAUGCAUGCGCCUAUACUGGGAAA